GUCUUCGCAAUACAAACGAGUCAAGAAGGGUUUAAGCUAGGAUUCUUUUACUAAAAGCUCGUUUGUCUGCGCUGCUUCCUUGUUGCUAAAGCCCUAUCCAUGGCUUCUUCAUUUGUUGCAGUAUCAAAACCUUUCUUCUUUAGCAAAACUACUUCUCCUUCUCUCUCUCACCAGAGACUUGUAGGAUUGAGGAAAAAUUCUCUCAGAAUCAAUGCAAUUGCAAAAAAAUGGGAACCCACUAAGGUUGUUCCCCAAGCGGAUAGAGUCCUUAUUCGUCUUGAAGAAUUAUCUGAGAAAUCAACUGGUGGAGUUUUGUUGCCUAAAUCAGCUGUGAAAUUUGAGAGGUACCUAAUGGGAGAGGUACUAUCUGUUGGUAACGAGGUUGGGGAAGUGGAAGCUGGAAAGAAGGUUCUUUUCUCAGACAUAAAUGCCUAUGAGGUUGAUUUGGGAACGGAUGCUAGUCACUGCUUUUGCAAAGCUGGUGAUUUAUUGGCUGUGGUUGAGUGAAUUUCAGCAAUUGGACAAGAUUUCUAAAGAAAAUGUUCUUUAGGGUUUUAGUGGGGCGUUGUUGCCACAAUUGCAUUAAGCUAUGAGGGACUGUAAACUCUGUAUUUCAAAAGACGGGUACAGCAAUCAGUUAUAAAUGUGCAAAAAUGAGGGUUUUUACUCAUAAUGACAAAUAAUGUUUUGCAUUGUUAGCUGA